AUAAANAGUAUAACACAUCAAUCAAAGUAUCCAACUAACGAUUAUUAUGCAAUUUUCAUAUAAUGAUUAGUGAUUUCCUAAAAACGAUUAUAUGGAUAAAAUUGCAAUUAUUCGAUAUCCAAUCACACUAACCUCCCCAUACCAUGUAAUCUCCAACUCGUCACCUGAUUGGUCCUCCGGAUAUUCCCCUUACCAUAUCAUGGUCCCAACGCACAUAUUUCCAUUACUCCCCUGUUGACUUGUUGACUUUUCCAUGGCGCGACUCACAGACACACACAAUGAUAUAAAUUCCAAACAAAACGAAUAAAAUAAUGAAAUAAAAUAAGAAGAUAUAGCAGAACCAGCUAAUCUCAUUAUCAUCAUCAUCAUCUCCCCCAAGUCUGAAAAAAUCUCGACCACAUCGUACUCUCAGAAGUUUCUCCCACUAUGGAGAUGUCGCUAGCCUCGGUGGCUCCGAAACCGGCUCCGGCGGCCUGGCUCUGGAGCCGCGACGCCGUCCUGCCGGCGGGGGUGAUGGCGAUGGUGACGAUGAAGAAGAGGAGAAGGGAGGAGAGGUGUUAUUGGGUGGCGAGGGCCGAGGGAAACGGCGGAGGAGAGGCGGUGGAGGGCGGCGGGAAGAGGGAGGGAGGAGGGUACACGGUAUCGGGCAUGGAGGUGACCACGUUCAAUCAGAGCUUUAGCGAUGGCGGUGGUGGUGAUUUUCCGGUGUGGGAUAAAAUUGGAGCUGCUGUUAGGUUCGGCUAUGGAAUCGGGAAAAAUCUUCUCGUGUCUGUGAUUUUAUUUCUGCGUCUUUGUAGAGAAGCCUGUGGAGCAGUUAUUCUUUGCUGCUCUUAUGUUUUCUUGUUCAGCAGUUCGAGAAUGCUUUAUUACAGACACUUGUCUGGUUCAAUUUUCAAACUGUGCCUGGUUUUUCAACUUUUAGGAAUAUACGGUGCAAUGGCUUUGGCGGGAAGGUUUAUAUGCUCGAUUUCUGGAAUCGAUUGCAAUGGAGGAUUUCAUCCAUCGUUAGAUUCUGUUGUUGAAGGAUUGGGAUAUGCAGCUCCUCCAAUUAUGGCCCUUCUCUUUAUACUAGACGAUGAAGUUGUAAAGGUAUCUCCUUAUGCUCGUGCAAUUAGGGAUGUCGAGGAUGAAGAGUUACGGAGCUUUUUCUACGGAAUGUCGCCAUGGCAGUUUAUGCUAAUUGUUGUGGCAAGCUCUGUUGGAGAGGAGCUCUUUUACCGAGCUGCUGUUCAGGGAGCUGUAGCAGAAGUAUUUCUCAAGAGCGGUGAUCUGUUUGAUGAUGCUCGAGGAAUGGUCUCACUGGCCGGUCUACUACCUCCAUUUGUCCCAUUUGCACAGGCAUUUGCUGCUGCUAUCACUGCUGCUUUUACCGGCUCGUUGUAUUACUUGGCUGCCUCUCCCAAAGACCCAACCUUUGUUAUUGCACCCGUGCUGAAGUCGCGCUCCAGUCGUGAUGAUCUAAGAAAGCUCUUUGCAGCCUGGUAUGAGAGGAGACAGAUGAAAAAAAUAUACUCCCCUCUAUUGGAGGCACUUUUGGCGCUUUAUCUUGGAUUUGAAUGGAUUCAUACGAACAAUAUCCUUGCGCCUAUUAUAACGCACGGAAUAUACUCUGCCGUUAUCUUGGGACAUGGCCUUUGGAAGAUUCAUGAUCAUCAGAGGAGGCUGCGCGAACGAGUUCAUAAGCUUAAAAUCGAGGCCAAAGCUUCAAGAAAAUCGUGAGAUCUGCUCAGAUGGGAGGAUUUUGUAUUAAACCAGAAUAGAAACCUUUUUUUUUUUCAUUUUUUUUUUCUAACAAUGCUGUAAAAAUUUCAAUGUUGUCAUACAAAUGUAUCGAACAAAGUAAACUAGCCAAAUAUAUAGAGAUAUAGCAUGUGUAGAGAUGAGCUUGUAUAUAUAUCAAACAGUACACGAUUAUUUAGUGUAUAUUAUAUGAACUUGUAUCAAACAAUCACAUCUGAUAAUUUUUUCCUUUUGAAACAUAAAA